AUGACCGGUGGAAGUUUCUUUCAGCGCGUUGCCGCUCGAUUAAUUUUUUCUCUUCUUCUUUUGUCACUACUUUUCUAUUUAUUUUUCCGCCGACUACGGCUAUGGCUGAACGGUAUCCACAACGGACCAAAUGCUUACUUUAAUCGGAUAUUUUCGUUAUCGGAAAGACCACUGCAGCGGAUAGUAAACAAUUGUUUGAUCACAAACUUCGUUCCGUCUAAAGGGACGAUUUCUGGGUGUCCAUUCACUGUAGAGAGUUCUUGUCUGUCGGAGGGUACCUGCUAUGUUCUAACUGAUGUCCCAACAAGGUCUCUUCAUCAGGCUCUUAUAGGUGAUCGAAAGAAGUUGCAAGACUUUCUUUCGACAGGUGCCAUCAGAUGCUUUCCUCUUCAGUAUGGGAGUGGAAGUUUUACGGUCGACUUGACGGACAACUUCCAACAAACUCAGGGGAAAUGUCCUCAAAGAGGUCGUUAUUCCUCCGUGAUCGCCAUGGUAUCCAACGCAAAACCGGAAGAUGAACAAGUCGUCAUAUCAUGUUAUGUCAUUCACGUUCGCCUGUCUGAAGAGGAGCGCUUCGACACAAGUAUUCUGUACACAUUUUGGAAAACUAAUUGGGACCGUUUGUUGACUCCACAGUUGCUUUAUGCCGCAAGAAACGACUCGGCUGACCAGAGCUCUGCGCAUUUGGCACCACCGACCGUCACAUCUGAAAACCACGAACCACAUUGCUUCAUCUGUCUGUCGUCUUCAAUUAGCGAAGGACUCCGUGUUUUACUACCGUGCCGCCAUGCUGGACUCUGCAAUGAAUGCUUUCAAACCUAUUGUCAAAAGACAGCUUGGUCACGGGAUGCGAUUUUGCACGGGAUCCUAUGCUGUCCUUUAUGUCGCAGUCCAGUUUAUUCGGUGCUUCGCUUGCCUCCGGUUUCGAGCGAAUAAUAAUGUGAUAUUUCAGACUUUCUAAUAAUCAUCCGUAUACGGUAAUCUCCCAU